CUCAUUUUCUCUUUAGGGAAUCACUUAUCGCUUGCGAAGCGCAACUACUGACUGACAUUGGCCGACCCACAUGCCCGGUCUCCUACAGCUUACUUUGAUUGGGUUAUCCCUGGAGAAUAGGGUGGUUGAGGCCAUAUUUCCUAGUACCAGCCCUUCCUGGGUCCACUAUCGAAUCAAGUGUCCCUGCAGCACGUGUGCCUGGGUCCAGGGUCAGCAAGUUCCAGGCUCCAUCGGCCGUUCAACCAUGAUGAGCCCCGGCCUUUCCGACCACGCAAAUCAGGGGAUCCAAGCCUCGGAGAUUUGACCCAAACACUCCUUGCGAGAGCUUCCGGUACGCCAAGGGGGUCAAAAGCCCGAUUCCAUGCAAAUUUGCUGGAGCGAGAAACCACAUAAAGCGCCUUUCC